AUGGAUGAUGAUGAUGUUGAUAAGAACGAUAACGAUGAUUAUGACGAUGAUGUGGACAAUGAUGUUGACUAUGGUGAUGACGAUGAUGAAGAUGCUGACGACGAUGCUGACGAUGACGAUGAUGCUAACGAUGACGAUGACGAUAAUGAUGACGAUGAUGCUGACGACGAUGCUGACGAAAUGGUGAGUAUCAGAACAGUAAUGUUUGUUCUCCUUUAAUAAUGCAUGGCUGUCCCUCAGUUGUCUCUCUUCUCUCACUCAAUUAUCAACGAGAGAAGCGCGUCUUUUCGUUGACAUGCGACCAUUCCCUGACCGAGAAGAGACAUGAGGGCGGCUUGGAACGAGAGAAGUGAGGAAAAGCGAAGCUUUGAUCAUGUCCAGUUGAACUAGAGGUCUUUACUCACCACAGUUGUCAGCUUUCCCUGCUUUACUCAUUAACUGUAAACUGCUUUGGAAUAAUAGAAAACGCGAUUCUAGACUUUAAGACACCACGUGAUUGGAAACUCCACCAAAUGGAUUUUGCCUACAUGUAAUUCAGUUGCCUAAAAAAAGAGAGUAGAAUAGGUAGUAGGCAGUGAUCGGCGGACUUGCCUCUAUGAUAAAACAGACUAGCGCUGUAUGUUCUCAAUACAUGACGAAAAGAGUCUGCUGCAAUAGCAAAAUAAACUUUGGAGAUCCUUUUUUAAAAAUGAAUCAAUAACGGAAUCUUCUGUUUUCAUCUCAACAGCUUCCAAGAAAAGAGUGCAAUUCGUUGUGUUCACGGAUCAUAUAGGAUGAGUGUGGAUGUCAAGUUCCUUACAACACUACCUAGGUGCAGCAGGAGAAAGAAAAAGAGCCAUUGA